AUGUUAUACAAUGAACACUGCAAACCACAGUCGAAGUCAAACAGGUACCAAGGUGCAGUAAGCUGUGCUGGUUGUGUGCGAGGUCGCGGAGGCAGUAUAGGCCAAGAAACGAUUUCUACAGGGAAAAUGCCGGUUGUAUAUGGUCCGCAGCCACUAAAUUGUUUGAACACUGAGACCAGGCACGGGUUUGACGAGCAGUACUCCAGUGAGCAGCUGCUGGAGUCGCUGGCGAACGGGUUUAUCUUCUACUUUGACGACAAGCGUCACCGCAGCAAUGGGAACCCGAUGUCAGAGGAGGAGAAGCAGCAAGACGCGCACAACUACUAUCAGCCGAUCCUCGACUGGAAGAUCGUGAAGGAGCGGCAAAAGACGGUGUCUGCAGCGUUGCUGCUAUGUCUGAAUUUGGGUGUUGACCCGCCCGACGUGAUCAAGACGCAUCCGUGUGCGCGGCUGGAGUCGUGGGUGGACCCGCACAACUUCCAGGACUCGAAGAAAGCAAUCGAGCAAAUCGGCAAGAACCUGCAGGCGCAGUAUGAGACGCUGUCGCUGCGGACGAGGUACAAGCAGAGUCUCGAUCCGUGUGUGGAGGAUGUGAAGCGAUUCUGCAACUCGUUGCGGCGCGCGUCCAAGGAUGAGCGGAUUCUAUUUCAUUACAAUGGGCAUGGGGUGCCACAGCCCACGCCUUCCGGCGAGAUCUGGGUAUUCAAUCGGGGAUACACGCAGUACAUACCUGUCUCCUUAUAUGACCUCCAGACGUGGCUGGGGGCACCAUGUAUCUACGUGUGGGAUUGCAACAGCGCGGGUAACAUUGUGUCGAACUUUCAGAAAUUCGUCCAGAAGCGAAUAAAGGACGACCAGGACGGGAACCACGACAUGACGGCGCCUUCUUCCACCCAGGCAUACAUAGACUGCGUUCAGCUGGCUGCUUGCAGGUCUGGGGAGCUAUUGCCGAUGAACCCAGAAUUACCCGCUGAUCUUUUUACUUGUUGCCUCACAGACCCGAUAGAAAUCUCUGUUAAAAUCUUUCUAAUGCAAUCACCCCUAAAAGACACUAAAUACUCGAUACUCUUUCAGAAUGAUGACUCUCGCUAUGGUUCGGAUAACCUUAACCGCAUGCCUAAUAUUUCGAUACCGGGGAAACUUUCUGAGAGACGAACGCCGCUGGGAGAGUUGAAUUGGAUUUUCACGGCGAUUACAGAUACCAUUGCGUGGACAUCCCUACCACGGCCUUUGUUUAAGAAAUUGUUCAGGCAUGAUCUAAUGGUCGCUGCCCUAUUUAGAAGUUUCCUAUUGGCAAAGAGGAUCAUGCCCUGGUAUAACUGUAACCCCGUUUCAGACCCUGUUUUGCCCGACAAUAUUGCGGAACAUCCAAUGUGGAAAUCAUGGGAUUUGGCUAUUGAUGAAGUUCUAACAAAGUUGGUCGAUGAUAUGCAUCAUAAUAUGGAUAAUGGAUCUGGAAAACUGGAAGUGCAAGCUUUAUUGCAGCAGAGGCAGGGUCCUGUCAGAUCUGAAACUAGCAUUAAUGGUAUGCCUGAGUCAUUAAAUUCGCGCAAUCCAAUGGGGAACCUCAGCACUAUGUCAUUGGCGAAUAUGAAUAAUAACAAAGCAUCUUCAAGCAAUCCAUCAAUACAAAGUUCUUCUUCUUCUGCACUUGCACAGGGUCAACAGCAGCAGUUUACUAAAUUCUUCGAACAACAUCUCACUGCAUUUGAACUCUGGCUAAAAUACGGCGCGAAUACAAGACAUCCUCCUGAGCAGCUACCUAUAGUCCUUCAGGUAUUGCUGUCGCAAGUACAUCGUGUGCGGACUUUAGUGCUGCUCUCUCGAUUCCUCGAUUUGGGACCUUGGGCAGUCUACUUAUCGUUAUCCAUUGGAAUAUUUCCCUAUGUCCUGAAACUACUCCAAAGUCCUGCACAGGAGCUAAAGCCAAUUCUGGUUUUUAUCUGGGCCAGAAUUAUGUCAAUUGAUUAUAAGAAUACACAGACAGAACUAGUAAAGGAAAAGGGCUACCUUUAUUUUGUUAAGAUGUUAGUUCCAGAAUGGGGAACACAACGUCCAGCGUCAAAUACAGGAAGCCCAUUAACGCUCACUGCACCUGUUAAUAUAAAUGUGCAACGUGCUUCUUCACAGGUAAACCCUGGUAAUACUACAGCGGUACUAACUAGCAACACUACUGAUGAGCAAAAGGCCAUGGCCACUUUCGUGUUGUCUUCCUUCGUUAAUGAUUUUCCCCUAGGUCAAAAGUACUGCUUCAGUCAGGAAUUGGUCCAGAAGUUGUGUUAUUAUGUUGACAAUUCAGAGGUUCCACUAUUACGCCAAUGGUGCAUUAUUUUGAUUGGUCAGCUUUACCUGAAUAAUCCUCUUCACAAAAGCAUCUGUUUACAAGAAAUGUUUCUUGCUCGGAUAAUACGAUCCUUAAAGGAUCCUAUUCCUGAAAUCCGCUGUGCAGCAUUAUUAUCCAUGAAGUACUUUUGCUCCGAUUAUGACGACGCCGAUUUGAUUUUAAAGUUGCAUCAGGAAUGUCAACAACAGAUUCCUCAGCUACAAUCACGAUUGCAGCAAUUCCAAACUACAAGCCAACAAGCGCAGCAGCAACAGCAACAGCUCCAUAUCCAGCAGCAGCAGUUCCAGGUGCAGCAGCAACUGCAACAAGUACAAUCUUCUAUGGUGCAGCUGCAGCAUGUUGAUAUUAAGCAGCUCAAGAGAGAAGAGAUAAAAAUGAUAUCUGCUGCAUUGGUGCAUGUCAAUGAUGGAUCACCAAUGGUCCGCAAAGAAUUGAUUAUCUUUAUCUCUCAGGUAGUUGAAAGGUACAUCACCUUUUUUAUUGUGAUUGCCUUCAACGAAUUAACAGAAGAAAUAAUAACAUUAGAGUUUGACAGCAACGAAGCCAACGACCUCAAGCGCAGAACAAUGGUUGGUCAUGGAUCCAUUUUCAACACUGUAUGGAAGGCUCUCUUGAUCCUUGCGGCUGAUCCUUUCACUGAGAACAGUAUUCUGGCAGGAGAUGUCAUUGAUUAUAUCCUGAUCAAGCUGAAGGAUCAUCCUGAUUUAGGAGAAAUUGUGACCGAAAUGGAGAAGUACCUGAUAAAAAGAACUGCCAAUUCUCAUCCUAGUGGGUUGGCCAUGGUGGGAAUGGCCGCUACAAAGCUGCCUACUCCAAAAAGGCCAAUUAGUCUAGGCGCCUAUGAUAAAAGCAGACCGACACCAAGCGCUAAAAAGACGCCGCCAUCCAGUCAGCGCAGUUAUUCGCUAAGUGGUCUUUUAAAGAGUUUGAGGUUGACAACAGAAGAGCAGCCUGCUGCCUCAAUAACAAAUGCUAACAAGAAACAUCAUCUUUCGUUAUUAAGCGUUCCUUAUGGAGUAGCACCUAUACCUCCAACACCUAAUUAUAAGAAGAGAACUGGGCCGCUUGUGAUGCCGCUAAAAAGCAUGUUCUUAGAAUACUGCCGGGAAUACUUCCAGGAGCCACAGAUGAAGAAAAAAGAAGCAGACGAACCCGGUAGUGUUGAGUAUACCGCUCGUUUAUGGAGAAGAAACAGAAACGAACAAAUAAUUCAGGAAACUCAAGCCCAAAAACAGCUGUCCUUAUAUGGUGAUUGGUCGAGAAAGGUUGCGAGUGUUGAUAAUAAGACUCAGCCAAAAAUUCUACGUUUGAUGCAGUUCGAAAGCUAUCUUGUUUCUUCAGAUGAUAGAGAUAACGUCGCUGUCUAUGACUGGGAAGAAAAUAAACAUUUGGCCAGGUUUUCGAAUGGAAAUCCGUUCGGGACGAAGAUAACUGAUAUGAAAUUUUUAAAUGAGGAUGACGUUCCGCUAUUAUUAACUGGCUCAUCGGAUGGUAUUGUAAAAAUUUAUAAGGAUUUCAACUGCCUGGAAAAUAUUGAACUCAUUUCAUCGUGGCGAGGGUUAACUGAUCUUUUGCUGACGCCGAAGUCUACUGGUUUGCUAACUGAAUGGCAGCAGAGUAGAGGAUCUCUGCUUGCUACAGGAGAUGUUAAAAUAAUUAGGGUUUGGGAUGCUUUGACAGAAUCUGUUGAAGUUGAUGUCCCGGCUAAGUCUUCAUCGCUCAUAACAUCAUUAACUUCGGACCAGUUAUCAGGCAAUAUAUUUGUAAGCGGCUUCUCUGAUGGUUCAAUUCGGGUUUACGAUAGACGCGUCGACCCAAGGGAUUCCAUGGUUCGCCUAUGGAAGCCAUCUGGAGGCCGACCUAUAUCAUGGAUAACCAAUGUGCAUCUACAACGUGGUGGAUACAGGGAGCUUGUGAGCGGAACUAACAACGGUGUAGUUGAAUUGUGGGAUAUCAGACAAGAUAAGCCGGUGCUAACAUUUACAGAUUCUGGACAGAAUGGGGGGAACGGUUACAACUCUAGCCCGCCUAAGCCAACGACAAUGACAUCUAUACAUGUUCAUGAACAUGCUCCAGUAAUUGCGACAGGAACUAAGCAUAUCAAUAUAUGGACUACAUCUGGUGAUUCACUGUGCACAUUUAAAAACAACGGAUCAUCACAUGUCAGCAGUGUGGCAGGUUCUUUGGCUACAGGCAUCAGUGUUUCUCGUUCUUCUACUUCAUUCAUUUCCUCAAUGGCAUUCCAUCCUCAUAGGAUGAUGUUAGCGGCUGCCAAUUCACACGAUACGAAUAUUAACAUAUAUCAAUGCCGUGACGCAAGGAACGACUAUUCCAUUUAUUAA